CACACACGAUUGGGCUGCGGGCAUGCGAAGGGCGGGUAAAAUUAGAGUCACAAUUUUUUGUGCCUUUCAAAUUGUUUCGUGCACCGUUGGCACACAAAAGUUUGUGGGCGUCAGCGUUCAAACUUCAGAUAGACAGAGAGAGAGAGUCAGCCUUAUUUCUCGACAGCCUAAUUAGGACGACCUUCGAGCUAGCCAUCAAGAUGGAGAUCACCAAGUCUGUCGCAGAGUUCUUGACAUCGCGCCCGCCGCUCACCGACCCGGCCUUCACAAAAUGGGGAGUCACAUUGCUCGGCAUGCUGACGCUGGCCCAGUUCACCAGGAAGACCAUAGAGUUCCUGACGCCUUACCUUCUCCCGUCCCGUCUCAACAAGUUCAAGCACACUCUGCAAAACCAGUCGAACAAGGAGAAGCCUUGGGCGGUCGUCACUGGCAGCACGGACGGCAUCGGUAAGGGCUUCGCACUCGAGCUUGCGGCCCAGGGGUUCAACUUGAUCCUCAUCGGCCGCAACCCUGACAAGCUUGCAAACCUCGAAAAGGAACUGAGAGCGGUGGCUGCCGAUUGCCAGACCGCCACCUACGUUUCCGAUGCGUCCAAAAUCCAGGAGAAAACGACCCAGGAUUUUAGUCAUCUGGUCAGGCUCAUCGGGUCGAAGCCGGUGACGGUUCUUGUCAACAAUGUCGGUCGCUCGACGGCCAAGCUUGCGAACUUGACAGAGCUCGAGGAUCAAGAUAUCGUCGAUGUUAUCAACAUCAACGAUGUUUAUCCUACGCUCCUCACCAAGCAGCUUUUGCCUACGCUUGUCAGCAACUCACCUUCUCUCAUCUUGAACGUCGGCAGCAUGGCUGGUGAUCACGGGUUCCCCUUCAUGACCGUGUAUUCCGGCACGAAGGCUUACAACAAGGCCUGGUCCCGAGGGCUUUCGGUGGAAAUGAAAAUGUUGGAGCAUAAGAUUCAGGUUCAGCACCUGCUCGUUGGAUCUGUCAAUUCCGGCUCCAACAAAGUGAGUGUCAGCAUCACGUCGCCAACGUCCAGAGUUUUCGCCAGAUCAGCAUUGAAAGUGACGACCACGCGAAAGAUUGUUGCACCAUACUUCUGGCAUGCUCUUCAGAUGCGCAUCUUCGAAGCUCUACCGGAAUGGGUGAUUGAUACCAUGCUCAUCGGAAUGAUUGGGCAGAUCAAGGCAAACAUAGGCUCGAAGGAGGAAUAGGUGCCUGGCCAGGGAGCGCUGCGGGGUGGUCAUUUCAUGUA